AUGGCUUCAGAACAACACCCUCCUAGUGUUGUUGUAAAUCGUGAUGAUGCUGAGCAACUUGAAAUUGAAAAGAAGAAUAAAUUUAUUAUGGACUGGAUUUUAGGUUUGAAUGCGUCAUGGGCAAUCCGAGCAUCAUCAGCAACAAGCACUACGGAGGACGAAGAGGAUGAGGAAGACGAAAUUAAUGAUAAUGAAGACUAUGAUGAAAAUGAUGAAGAAGACUAUGAAAAUGAUGAAGAGGAUGAGGAAGAAGAUGCAGAAGACGCUAAUGAGGAACAACCCGAAGAUGAGGAGAGUGAGAAUAAUGAUGAAAAUGGCCUCACGCAUCACAUCAUUUCCGUUAACAUGAAGGACAACGAUUUCCUGACCUAUACCUUUUUUACGGAGCUACGUAAAGCUCUCGCUCAAAAUCAUUCUUCUUGGCCCGGUCUGGUUUCAAAAUUUGCAUCGUUUUCUCGAGACUUUAGGUAUCUAAAAUGUGCCAUCGAGAUGGUUUUAGAGAAAAACGAAACAUGGAGGCCAUACAACGUCCAAGAAUUGUACGACAAGGUGUUUCAUAAAUUAAAACAGAGAGAAUUGAUUCCCACAUUUGAUUUACAAGUGGUGCUAUUUACCUUACUUUCUGUAUUUGAGAAAAGCACCACUGCUUCGUACGAAAAUGAUAACAAUUUGUAUCACUACAUUUACCCAAUGAUCAUUGAAUUGUAUGAAUAUCUUUUAGAACGUUGA